AACCCGGACACGCAGUACAAAUUACAAAACCGCCUUUUCGAGUCGGUUGGUUGUCUGAUGCCUCGAGAUAUAAAACCCCGUCACUUCCAUUUUUCUGCAAAAGCCACAGAGAGAUCGAGCGCACAUAUUCAAUUGUCUGGACCUAUGCACUUAUUAUAUGCAUGUAGGAGGAGGCUUGAAAGGAUCUUUGGUGGUGGAGUCGACCAUGGACGACACUACUACCGUAACGAAACCUUGGAGCCGCCACACCGUCGCCAAAUCGAACAAGAAGGAGCGCUCUGAAGAGAAUGAGAUGGUCGAGGACGAAGACGAGGAGGAGUGCGACAUGGAAGUCUGGGAAACGCUGAGCCAGAGCUUUUUCCAGGUCCAGUCCGCACUGGAUCAGAACCGUACGUUGAUCCAGCAGGUCAACGAGAACCACCAGUCGAGGAUUCCGGACAAUCUCGCUAAGAACGUUGAACUGAUUCGCGAGAUCAACUGCAACAUCUCCAAGGUCCUUUCUAUAUACUCCGAUCUAUCGGUCAAUUUCUCCAGCAUUGUUCGUCAGCGGCGUGCGAUCAUGUCGUCGAGGAACGACACGAACAGUAGCGUCCAUGGCAAGGAAGAGAGAAGAAGGCUGCGGGACUGCUCGUCUACAUAUACGCGUGCCCGCAGACGUAUUGAGGACUCUGAAUUCAGAGUUGAGAAAGAUGACAAGGAACAAUGAGUUGCCCGGCUGCACAACUGACCACAAGCAUUCCUUUUGAUAUAAAAAGCUAGUGGAAGUUUGUCAGAGAGAGAACGCUUUAAUCUGGGUACAAGUGCCAUAGGUGUGAUGGUAUCUUUGUCCAACUAGUGUUUUUGAAGAAGACAGUACUGAUAAGCUUGUGGAAGAUAAUUUCAGCAAGUAGCUACAAAGAAACUAAGGUACAUUAAUCACUUCCAACAUGUAUUGAACUGCUUUCACUGCAGCUACUGUUAAAUGGUAUCUCAGAAAUUGCAAGGCAUAGCUGACUGAGAAACAAAGGAUGGAGACUAUUCUGUUACAGCUCAAUUUUUGUUAGAACUUGUUUUCUUGGCACGGCUUUGGAUAGUUCAGCUGCUUCAUAACAUUAAAGGAAAAUCAUUUACAGUUGCAUUGCUUGGGCAUGGUUUAGCGCCAUAGUUUAGGACUAUACGUUUUCUGGCUGUUAAACACAUUCUGGUCCGGGUUAGCAUGGUUGAUCAUGCUAGUUGUACUAUUUCAAGUAGGAUCCAGAAGUAGAGAUUAGGUUAUCGGGACCUAAAUUUCUUGCUAUAAAAUCUUCAAUUAAUAAAUCUGCUGUAUAUGUUGCAUCUGAAAACCUUAGUAGAGAAAUUUCUUGCUCCAAAUAACCCCCCAUAGAGACAGUUCGCAUAUUUCCACUAUCAACUUCAUCCAUAACAUGUUAUGCCCCUGGUUGCUUCCAUCACUGUCGGUAGGAUCCAUCUAGGCUGUGGUUGGAGUUUAUUGUUACUAUUAUGUUAUAGAGAAUCUAGUUUAUUCGUGUUAAUGUCAAAAAUAUUGACACGGGGACACAUUUAGUAAUUUUUGCUGUUUAAUUAAUGGGGGCAAUGGUGGGUCCGAAGGGCCUUGCCUUGGACAGGUUCCCUGACAUAAAUAAUUGGUCCUCGCAAUGGUGCCUUGCGAGGGGGAAUUUUUAGGGCCUGGCCCACAGUUUGGAGCGGAGUCUGCAGAAGAUGCUGUCCCUUGAUAUCUCUCCCACCGAUUAGCAAUAUAGUUGAUUCAUCAUCGAAUUGGGUUUUGGAUAAGGUAAAUGAGAUACAGCAAUGUGUGGGGAUUAGAGGACCAAUUCACAGCACUACUCACUGCAAUAGUCAUGUACUUGGCACAAAAUCAAGAUCUAAGAAGAGCAGAGAGCUAAAAUGUCUUACGUGGGCGAUCACCUAUGACAAUAAGUGAGGUACUUCAAGUCAAGAGAGGACCAGAGGGAAGACAUAAUCAAUUGUAUAUGGUUAGUAGGACUAGUGUGUUGGGGAAUUUACAGUGACUUGGUAUAUCAAAAUCUGGUUUGGUGGGAUAGGCAUUGGUGCACUGGUGGUGGUAUGGGGCAGGCGCAUUUUUGGCUAGGGCUAGGGAUUUGUUACGUUCAUUUUCCUAGAUGGGUUUGUUGUUGGGCUAGGGUUUUGUUGGGUUUAUUGUUCCUUGUAUCUUUUUUGCACCCCAACUAGGUGUUUUCUCUUGUAUACAUCCAGAGUACUUGGCUACACCUAUUGAGAUUAAUAAAUUUUAUUAAAAAAAAAUUAAUGGGGGCAAUGGGCGGUAGUGGAAGGAAAGGUUAGUUUUACAUUGUUUUUAGGUAAACUAAACCAGACAAGGAUAGUGAAUGGUCGAUUUCCUGAGAAUGGAAAUGGUCAUCAAGUUUGAGCCUGGAGGGCAGUUUUCAUGUCCAGAGUUGACGAAUACAAGAGCUGGUCUCGAUUUGCUAUGACUGGUACCAGAUCAUUGUGAGUUCGGUUUCUCAUGUGGUGAAGCAAAACGGGGGCGUUUUCCUUAUAUUACAAAUUAGAGGAUGAGUAAAUUCUGCCAUUCAAGAUUUUUUUUUACAGUUGUUUUAUAGCAGAUUAUGCAGAGGUGGAACCAGAAACUUUAAUUUGGAGGAUUUUUUUAUUUUAUUUUAUUUUAAUCUACGUUAUUAAAAAACCUUCCAUUUUUAGGAUUUUCUGGGCUGAGGGGCCCGAAGCCUCCCCAAGCUUGGCUGUAGGUCCACCCCGAGAAUAUGCGUGGGUUUAUGGCUGAAAAUUUCGUUCUAGAGGGACUUCGUAUUUUUUUUUUUUUUUCAUCCAAAGUACAAGGGUGCAUGUAAGAAGCUAUAUGCAAAUUUACCCUUCCUGGCAAUAGAGACUUCGUCUUCUUUCUGCUUUCUUGUAUUUGUGAUUUAUGAUGUGAUUCUGCUAUGAAUAACUCACCAGUUCUCGGUCUUUAAUGUAGCAAGAAUGUGAAGUAGUUCUAGUUUCUGCCUCCUGUUAUAUCGAAUGGGAUUUUAAUUUAA